GGACGGCAUCAAGCUCGCUUCUUUCGUUGGACUUUGCGAGACGACGAGCGAAAAGGUCACGUCUUUGAGGAGAAAAUCGAAGAAUUUGGGGGAGAAUUUUCGUAUAAGAAGGGAUUCAACGUCGAGGAAUGGGGCUGGAGAACAAGGGAAGGGAUUUGAUCGUAGCUAUGGACGGAGAGAAGCGAAUUGGUGGUGAUUCUUUAGAAAGGGCAGUCCUAGCUGAGAUCCCGACGUCGCACAUCUCGAUAGAUAUAUCGUUGUCUAUCAAUGAUUUGAAGUCUAGAAUCAUAGAAUUAUGCAAGGAUCUGUUCGACAAGUGGUCUGAUUUGGAUGAUUCACAUUUCUCUGUUGAGACAAUCUCUGGUGGUAUCACGAAUCGUUUGCUGAAGGCAUCAGUGAGAGAAAGCAGUGGUAAUGUUGUUUCUUUGACCAUUCGAUUAUAUGGUCCAAACACUGAUUUGGUAGUUGAUCGCAAGCGAGAGUUGAAGGCCAUGCCACAUCUCUCGGUUGCAGGAUUUGGUGCGGAAUUACUUGGAUUAUUUGAUAAUGGCAUGGUUCAGUCCUUUAUCAAUGCCCGUACACUUUCAGCGAUAGAUAUGGGCAAGCCUGAAGUAGCAGUUGAAAUUGCGAAGCAAUUACGCAUGUUUCAUCAAGUUGAGGUACCUGGUUCUAAAGACCCACAAUUGUGGAAUGAUAUCUUUAAAUUCUAUAGGGAAGCUGCUGAAUUGAGUUUUGAAGAUCCUUUGAAGCAGGCAAAAUAUGACAAGAUUUCAUUUGAAGAAGUUCUUGAAGAAGUUAACAUACUCAAGGAUUUAACAGAUCAGCUGAAGGCCCCGAUUGUGUUUGCUCACAAUGAUUUACUCUGCGGGAAUUUGAUGAUGAAUGAUGCAGAAGGAAAACUCUAUUUCAUUGAUUUUGAGUAUGGAUCAUACAGCUACAGAGGAUAUGACAUUGCAAACCACUUCAAUGAAUAUGCAGGAUAUGAAUGCGACUAUGGCUUAUAUCCUGACAUAGAUGCACAAUAUAACUUCUUCAGGCAUUAUUUGCAACCUGACAAACCUUACGAGGUGCCUGAUGAGGAUCUAAGAGUUCUUUAUGUUGAAACAAACACUUACAGAUUAGCAUCACACAUCUACUGGGCACUGUGGGCUAUCAUCCAGGUAAGCUCAAAGGCUAAGAUGUCUCCGCUCGACUUCAACUAUCUCGGUUAUUUCUUCUUGCGGUACAGUGAAUACAAGAAACACAAAGAAGCUAGCUUCCAACUGGCAAAGAAGCACUUAUCAGAAGUGUGCUUCAGCUGAUCCUCGGCCUGGAGCUUAGAGAGCCAGCAUAAACAAGAAAUACGAAAAAACACAUCUGGACUUUCACCGAUCAUGGUAUCAUUAAUUUCCCGUCUGGAGAAUGAAGAACUACACAAUGAAAAUUAUUUCAAAUUUUGUACAUGACAGUAGUUACUUCCAGAUUCGAAUGUCUCAUAUUGCGGGCAUUCCGCUGUACCUUGCAGGCAUGAUUUUUUACUUGUUACUGAACACAUGCUGUAUUGUAUUUCACACACAUUAUGUUUUGCAGAUAAAUCAGAUUACUGUCUUGAUUUA